GCGGGCACGACGUGGGGAAAGCGGGGUGGGAAACGCUCCCGGAGCCCCGAACUCCGCCUACGCGGCAGCACCGAGCUUUCGGUUUGCGCCCCUUGAAACGCGGAGUCUGAAACGCGAGCUGGCAGCUGUCCUAAUUCCCUUGCUUGAAUAGUUAGGGUUGAACGGGAGCCUUGGAGAUCAGCCGGUCCAACCGCCCUGCCAAGGCAGCGUCUCUUAUGCAUCCGGGUGGAUUUGGAAUGUUUGCAGAGAGGGAGACUCCACGGCUUUCCAGGGAAGCCUGCAGUUCACCUGGCUCUUGGCAAGACAUCUGAUACUGCACCUCUGAUACUGCACCAGUGAAAUACUCGGUCCUGCAACAAUACCUUCAUAAAAGCUUGGCUGUAAUAAAUUAAGCUUUUAAAAAUCGUAAUUCCUGAAAAUGGAUUUUCAGUUUAAUUUUGCUGUUGAUGAAAAUGAGAACAGCGAGGCAGAUGCUCACUUCUUAUUGCUGUGCUCUCCAGAACAGAAGCAGGAAUCUACAGAAAAGAGCAGGGAAAGUGCUGAUCUUGCAGCAAAGCCCAGCCCCAAGCUGGCUGCUGCCAAGCACCAGGAUGAGGCAGCUUUGAAGAAAAACCUCUGUGUGAAAGCUGCCAAGGAGCACAGCAUUCCCCAAGAUCUCAACAAAGUAUUGGAAAAUAAAGUCAUGGAAACAGUACUGGGCCUGUCUCAUGUAAAGCUGUCUGUGGUGGAAAGGACGUGUUCAGGUGAUGCUGACAGCGAAGGCAUCGUGUCCAAAAGCGUUUCUUCUCACUCUGAUCUCAUCCCAGGAGUCUAUGAAGGAGGGCUGAAAAUCUGGGAAUGCACCUUUGAUCUCAUGGACUACUUGACUGAGGCUGAGAUAGAAUUUACCAACAAGACUGUACUGGAUCUUGGCUGUGGGGCUGGAUUGUUGGGAAUUGUUGCUUUGCAGGGUGAAGCUGCCAGAGUCCAUUUUCAGGACUACAACAGCACAGUGAUUGAUGAAAUAACCUUGCCUAACGUGGUGGCCAACUGUAUCAGUGAAGGCAGGGGUGGGAAGGACAGAAAAGCCAGCAAGCCUCCUUCAAAGAGGCCCAGGAAAGCAGAGAGCUCACCUGAUGUGCUCAGCAGAUGCAGAUUUUUUUCUGGAGACUGGUCUCAAGUCAGCCAGCUCCUGUCAAACAGCAAACCCUGUUUGAAGUAUGAUAUAAUUCUCACCUCUGAGACCAUCUAUAACCCUGACUACUACAGUGCUUUGCAUGACACACUGGCUCAGCUCCUGGAUGCAAAUGGCCGUGUGUAUUUGGCAAGCAAAGUGCAUUAUUUUGGGGUUGGUGGUGGUGUCUCUCUCUUUGAGAAGUUCAUUGAAGAUAAAAACGUGUUUAAAACCAGUUUGGUUAAAACAAUUGAUCAGGGCCUGCAGCGAUGCAUUAUUGAAAUUGCCUUUAAAAAUUCCUGUUAAAAUUAAACUAAUGAUCUUCCAAAAAAUAACUCAAAAAUGUUUUAACCCUCAUGUCUCUCUUUGCUUUUUCCUCUCUUAUUCUGGUUUAACAAAUUAAGGAUGGUGGUUGUGGAAAUGUUUGACAAAUUCUGGUGUUUGACUAGAAGUGAGAGACUUUUCUCACGUUAACUCUGCAUAGAGUUCUGUUUAAAGCACCAUCUUUUAUGAUAAUUAAUUUAUACCUAAGAUCAAGCAAGUCAUUGUCUCCAGCCAGGCUUUCACAUUCUCUGUCAGCAGCAGAACUGUACAUCACAGGAAUGACAUACAUGACAUAUUGUGGCUGAAUGAGGUAAAUUAACAUCCAAAAUUAGUGCAAGAGGCUUUUCUCAAUCUGCAGCCAGAUUCAGGCAGGGACCACACACUCCUCUGAGCUCUGCUGCUUUGCCAGCAGAGGGAGUUGUGAUUGUAUUUAUCACUCGUGGGGAUCUCAGAAAUCCAUGUAAUAUUUCCAUGUAUAAUGCACACAUAACUUAUUCAGGCCCUUUAAAGAGCGUAACAAUGUUAACCAGUGUAGUCUGUAAAUUUUUAUAUUUAGAUUCUGUCAUAGGCUAAGAAAAUUUCAGCAAGGAAUUAGGAAAAGCCAUGCUGGUUUAGAAGCUGACUUGAAAGAUAAGUUCCUUCUACCAACCAACAAGCCUACAAAUGAAAUACUGGAGGAUGAUGAACUGAGUUUUAGAGAUAAUUGGAAAAGGAGAGAAACUAAGCUAUUACAGGAGUUUAAUAGAUUGCUGUACUGUUUUAAACAUGAUUUUUCCAGAAAUGAAUUUCCCCUUUGUCUAAACUUGCUGGGGGUACUACUGAACAUCCAUCCACACCUCUUCAAUAUUUUCCCAGUUUGGCAGGACAGAAGCACUCAGAAAAGCCUCAAAUACAAGGCACUUCCCUAGGCUGAAGACUCUGAUGUUGCUGAAGAAAUGACUGCAGACAAACCCUUGAGCACUCACUGGCAAUUCAAACAAAAAGAGGAAAUCCACUGCAUGUUUUGUCCUGGCCAAAACCAGACAGAAAGCUCUUAGCUGCUUUAUCAUGUGCCCUUGCAGAAAUAUAAAUUUGGAGGCAGUGACCACUGCUGUGAACUGGAUGCAAGGAUCUUCAGUGUAGAGCAGAAGGAAACAGUCUGAGAGGAUGGAAAGGAACUUAGUACAGCAGUGAAAUAAAUCACUUUAAUUAUGCCAUCACCUUUCCAUCACUGAAGGGGCCCAAAGUCAAUCCCAAGGUUCCUAUUUUGAACCUGCUGCUAUUAAGAGAGAGUUGUAAAGGAUUUCCUGUACUUCACAGAAGAGCCUUCACUACUGUUUUGAAGGGAUGCUUGGGAAACUACUGAAUUUAGCCUCUUAGGAUAGGAGAGGAAAAAAGUCAGUUUUGCCAUGACUGCCACAGUGCUUUGGAAUUUUUCUGCACCAACUCUGAAACUUAGUAAUGAUAACUGCUGACUACAGACUGAGGAACAAAAAAAGUUUUAGCUUUGGCAAGUCAAGGAGGUGCUGUUAACAGCUCUUUUUAUUCUUUUUUCUGCCAAAACAGAUGCUGGAAACAAAUGGGUUACUAUUUGUCAUUUUUAAAACUCAAUUCUUAGAUAAAUCAUGGCUUGCACUGAGUAGGUUGUUCUACACCUGCUAGUCUAGUGCAGUUCCAGAGAACCAUACCUCAAGUAAUAAAAAAUAUUGACCUCUGUGACAAAGAACAUGGUUAGAACAAGAAUAUCAUGUAAUUUUGGAUGAAUAAAUGAAGAAGGUACUUAAAAUCUUCCACAAUAUCUCCUCUUGAUAAUAUUCCACUAUCAAACUCACCAUCUUUGGUUUAAUUACUGUGCCUUCACUCAGUAUUUGGCUCAAACACAGCUGGUUUUGUGCAAAUACAGAAUCAGAAUUUUUAGGACUUCAAGGGAAGAAUGGCAGAGCCACAAUCUUAUUGUGACUGCACACCUGCAAAACAAAUAACCCCCACACAAUAUAAUGAGCUUUCAAUUUCAGAAUCUGAUUAGAAAAUGGAAGAUGCUUUUUCUCAGGUAAAAUCAGCACCAUUAGCAUUGGGAUUUCCAUAUCUGAGAUGAGUUGUGUUGUUAGAAUUCAGCAGGUACAUGCUGAGAGGAAACAGAAUUCAACACUUAGUUUUGUAGGUUGUUGAUGUUUUAACUUCAAAUAAUACUGAUUUCCCUUAUUUAUGUUAAGGCUGCCACUAUCUGAGAAAUCCUCACCACCCUAGUAACCAGUGUCCUGCUCCUCUUCACAAACUGGAAUUGAAGAAAAUAAACUUUUCAUUCCUUU